AUGAAGCCGUCCCCAGAGAUUUUGCAGCCCACAGACCCCCUCCCGCCCAAACCAGUGGUGCAGCUCACAGCAUCGCUCCAACUACCCAAUGGACUCACUAUGGAAGUGCCGAUUACCAUUGACUCUGGUAGUAACGCAGACUUCAUAGGACUGGAUUUCCUUCAAGAGCACAACAUAGCACUCCUGCCAGCCACGCUGCCUCUGAAAGUUGUCACGGUGGAUGGCAGGGACUUGCUGGGGGGGCAGGUGGUGCAGCAAACGCCUCCGAUGGUGAUGCAAAUUGGGAAUCACCGAGAAGUCAUCAGCUUCAAUGUCACCCAACUGUCGGACACGCCUAUAGUAUUAGGCAUGAGUUGGCUGCACAG